GAGAAGUGGAGUGUGCAGGAGUUCUGCUGGUUCUCUAUCGCACAACCACCCAUCAUUGGGCGUCGGGACACCGAGGCGCGCGUCAGUCUCGUCGGAACCACGUGGACAACGUUUAUUGCCGCAUUACCGGUUGUUCAAAUUUAUUUUUUUUUUUCAUCAUUCCAAAAUAUGUACCACGUGCAACGAUAUCCGAUUUUAUUCUUAUUUUUCAUUCUUAAAAUAAUGAAAUACUAAAAAUUAUUUCUUUUUUCCGAAAAAAAAUGUGUUAUUCCUUGACGCGAGUGUAAAAAAGAAAAAAAAAAAAAUUCCUUCAUUUCGCGCGUGGUAGGGUUUUGUUUCCGUGAGUGCGUGCAUCGAGACUGGUACGACUUCGUACCGGUGAGAUUCCACCCUUUUCCUUAUCAUGGACUCUGACCUGUCUUUGAUUGUAUUCAGUUUAUUCGUUUUUAAUAAUUAGGUUUUAAUUUUUAUUUUUUUUGAACAUUUUUUUUUGUGUGAAAUCUGAAAUGAAAGUUGAGUUAAAGUGCGCGUUGUGUAAACUCGAAUUGAAGUGAUUGGAGUUAUUGAAGAUGAUCCACAUGGAGAGGAAGAAGCUGCUUUCAUCUGUGGAGAGAGACAACGUGAUGAUAGAGACGGAACUUGGAGAGUUGAAGUACCGAAGAUAAGGGACAGGAUUGAGAGAAGAGAGUGAGAGAGAGUGAGAGAGAGAGAGAGAUAGAAAGUCAGGGAGAGAGAGAGAGAGAGGAUCGAAUUUAAGGUCCUGUAUCAUGAUAGAUCCCUGAAGAGACGAGCCAUGUCACGUGUCAGGUCUCUCCUGACAUGUUCGGCGCUCCUUACGCUGACCGUCCUCUUGUCAAGGUGUCUCGUCAACGGAAGUGAGUUUCCCGAGAGGGAAUGCUGCGACCCGAUUUAUCCGAUUCCAGAGCCAACAAGCAAAGCACCAUCGGCACCAACACCAACUGGAAGAAGCGGAUCCGAUAUAAAAGCACCGAUAGCAAUUUUGAAUUGUCUAUUCGCUCGACAAUUGUGCUUCGACGAUUCAUCAUGCAGUGCCAUUUUGGAAAUAAUACCACGUGUCUGCGGUCCAGAAUUAGUUGCGUGUUCAACAGUGACUGUGUCAAAAUGUCAAGCAGCUUUGAAAACACUGCAAGCCUUCUCGUUCUUCCGGCCAACGUGCCUUUGCAGGGAACCUCAUGUCGAUCCCGAGUGCAACAACUUUCGUGACUUCCUCUUUGACCAUCCAUGUAUCUACGUAUUAAAAAAAGGUGCGCGGAGAAAAAUGAGUUGUCUGCCGAACGAAAAUUUGUACAAAGAAGCCGGUCCUAUUGAUACUUUACCGAAUUGCAAUCAUGCUUUAAGUGUGUGUCAACGUGAGAAAUCCUGCACCAAGUUGUUCGAAGAUUUUAAGAGCAACUGCAAAGCGAGGGAUGGCAAAUGUAGAAUAGAAAAUCGUGAUGCUUGCCAUGAUGCCUGGACACAAUUACGAAAAUCGCCAAUGUUUGGCUGUAUAUGUCCAAACAAUCACAUGAAAAGACGAUGCGAUCGAAUAUUUUCAGUCGUGAAUCAUAAUCCCUGCAUUGAAUUUGUGCCCUCCUCCGCGUCCAUAGACCUCUCGGGCACGGACUCGGCACUCUACCCCUUCAAUCCCCAAGAGGAGAACCUCCACGAGAUCUGGUUACCUCCAACCAGUAUGUAUCCCUAUUUUCUAUUCCCGGGGACCGCGAGUACGCGUAACACGGGCAACGACGUCAACGACUUUGAAUUAUUCGAAGGUGCACGUCAUCAUCGUACACAACAUCGUUAUCAUGAAGUACCCGAAUUACCAGGUAGUCCCGGACUAUCACCAAAAAUCAAUUCCGAGACGUUCGAUCCAUAUCCAGAUAUCGACGAGGAUCGAACGUCUCACGAGGGUUUUACUAAUCAUCAUCAAAGAACAAAAGACGGUGAGCAACAAUGGAAAUGGUCAGGGCACGAGGGUGGGAUUAAACCAAAAAUUACCGGCGACACUUCUUUCGGUUCUUCUAAUUCUUUUUCUAAUUCUUUUUCACCUUCUAAAUCCUCAAAUUCAUUUUCUCCAUCUUCUUCUUCUUCUUCUUCUUCUUCAUCUGUGUCACUUUCCAAGCAUGAUCGCGCCUCCAGCACCGAGCACCUGCAGCCACACGAAAAUGAGCAUGGCGUACUACGGCACAAUGGUACCGUGGUGCAGGAUAUGCACCACCACCAUCAAGAACACCGGCACCGUCAUCAUCAUAAUGACGAUUACCCUGCACUGCCACAAGCACCACCACCACCUUCUGCACCAUCCGUACUUGUAUCGCCACCAGCACGUCCUACACCCACCGUAGACGAGAUUAAUCCCGCACCAUCGGCUGCACAUGGCACCAAGAAAUUUGCACCAAGACCUACGUAUGAGCACGGGGCAAUAAUUGAUCAUCCUGACAACGAUCUCGAUGAAUUCAGAAUCGAACGUCUACCCGUCGAUCGUUUUCUCGAUCUCCCCGCUUUCGACGAAUUCGUCGGUCAAGUGAAAUACAUCUCACAUCCUGAUAAUUCAACAACAUUAGAAGUUGAAUCACAACUUGAAAAUCCAUUGAUUGAUGUCCAUCAGCAGGAUUUUAAUGAUUUAAGAAAAUUUCCCAUUCCUGAAAUUCAUCAUCAUCGAACGCAUCAUAGGAAAAAUCAUUCCAACGAUGAACAAGAACCCGGACUGGCGAUACCGUCUUCGUUGCCUGACUCUGAAAGAAUAAUACCUCAGCCGACGAAGGUGAUUCUAACCAGCACGUGCCAUCACGCUUAUGCGUCUUGCAAGAACGACCCAGAUUGUAGGGCAUUACUUCAGCCUGUUUUGAAUCAUUGCGAUCAGGCAACGUGCGCCAGAAACGAAUGUAUGGAUGCGCUUCAGUAUUUUUACAAGUCGGCGAGUCAUAAACACUCGGUGGAAAUCGCAUUUUGUCUCUGCAAAACAAACGACGAGAAGAGAAACGAUUGCACGGUGGCAAAAGAGAAAAUGCAUCCACAGUGUGCUCAGCGUCCGGAAGGACCAGAAAUACCAACUUGUCACAGUUUAGCGGAACUUUGUAGAGACGAGAGAAGUUGCAGGUCUAAAUUAGAAUUUUAUGAACAAAGCUGUGCUGUGGAUAGUGUUACUAAAAAAUGUGCAGGAUCGACGUCGGUAUGUAGAGAAGCUUUACUGGGCAUUCUAGGCACGGAAUUAAGGACCACUUGUGCAUGUAAAGGCACCGACUUGUCUCAAAUUUACGAUUGCGUGGGUUGGCAGAGGCUACUUUGGGUUAACCCUUGCGUGGUUGAAUCGCAAAAAGAUUAUCACGCGAGAAGAAAACAUCAUCUUCAUCCAAGAACGACGACAAUCUCAGCAAUGUCGACAACUCGGGCAGUCACAGCUACAACAGAGUCUGUCAUUGUGGCGGAAGUUGAGGACAAUGUGAUACCGGAAAUCACUACCAGACAAUCCACCACCGAAACAACAACAACAGAAUUUGUGGAACUUACUACCACAAGUGUCGUCACGACACCCAGUACCACGACGACCAGCACGACACCACCUCGAUACUGCGUUGUUGAAAGAGGAAGGCAAUCACAUCAAUACAUUCGUGAAGGCAAAGGCAAAAGGUUGUAUCGCGAUGAUGAGCCGGAUUGUUCGGAACUCUGCCAAUGUGGAGAAGGAGAAGUUCUAAUUUGUAAUACAAUUUGCGUUAAAUCUUCACCGUGCAAAACUGACUUCGCCUACUAUAACCAUGCUGCCCCAGCUUAUCAAGCAUACCGAGGUCGUUGUCUUUGCUAUAGUGGUCGUUUCAUCUGUAUGCGACCUUCUCCUGAUGCAUAUAGCAUUCCGCAUGGAGUAUUUAUGUUCCUGGGGUACAGCGAGACUGAUGAAACCUUGCUAAGGCCUCAUAAUAAUCUCACCGUGCUGGAUGCGGUGUCUUCCCUAGACAGUUUUAUGCGAGAGGAAGUAAAUAAUCAGACUGUAUGUACUCUUUUCUUGUACAAUGUAACUAAGGAAAACGUGAUUGCGGCCGUCCGUCUGGGGACGGAUAAUCCUCCUCCAAACAUUAGUGAAUCACAAAAUCUGCAACAUCUGCUUCGCGUCAAGGAGGAGUGUGCGUCAAUGUUACAGGAUCUAAGCGAUAAGAUCAACAACAAACAUCAAGAGGUCCAUACGCAUCCUUUGCUCUCGAUUUUCAAAAUGGCAGAGGUCGAGGUAAAAUUGCCACUCACCAGUAAAGCAACAACAUUGACAUCGAAGUCGUCGACCUUUUUCUUAGGGUUGACAUUGCUGAUAAGCGGUUUUCUUCAACGUACCACAACGUCAAUGUUAAUAUCAACCUUCACUGAUGAUCUUAUCUCGUGACACGGAUGACCAUUUUCAUCGUAAACAAAAAAAAAAAAAAAAACUGUAAGCUCCUUCAAAACAAAUGAAUAUGGUUUGUGCAGAUUAUAUAUAUAUAUAUAUAGACACAUACACAUACAAACACAUAUACAUACAAAUACACCUAUACAUGUAUAGCUAUAUAUUAUAUACAUACGAAAAAUUUCAAGGCUCAGAUGGUACGAACGAUGAGAGAAAUUGUUAAGCGUGGGACAAAAAGUGAGAGUGAAUGUGCUCAAAGACUCGGUAAAAAAAAAAAAUGAAAAAAAGCUAAAUAUAUUAUAUUCGGAGAAUGUUCAUUUUCUCCGGACUAAUUCUCCAAUUGACUGCGAUGUCGUUUUUGUAUAUACAAAAAUAUGUUUUAUUUUUUUUCGAAAUUUAUUUUAUUAAUAUUUUAUUAUUUCUUUGAGAAAAAAAUUUUAGUCUAGUAAUAACGAAAUAAUAAUAAUACAUACGAAAAGAAGUGUGUUUUUUUGUAUGCAUUUUUUUGAAAAAAAAAAAAAAAUUACAAAUAACAUACAUUUUUCUGUAGAAUUCUAGAAUUUCUUCAAUUUUUCACUACUUUUUUUUUAAACAUAAAUAUAUUUUGUGAUUAAAUGUAAAAUUUUUGCCCUA